CCUGAGUGACUUGAUGUAUGAAGAGUAUGUGUACUCCUAAGUGCUUCAACUGGCUUCAACUAUCUUCAUCAUUCGUACGAGGAGGUAAAUUUUACAAGGGGAAUCUAUAGUUCUGGCCUUAUAUUAAGAACCAUGCCUGAACUGACUGAACUAGAAAAGGCUGUGAGUUCCGAGCCUACCAAGGUAGAACUUGUGGGCAUUGGCUCUGCAACUGAUUCAGAUUCAGACGACACUAUACCAGAAUUAGAAGAUGCAGGCCCUCCAGGUACAGUUGGUUUUCCUGGUACAACCGUUACUGGACUUCCCAUUGAUAUGGUGUCCAAGGCUAAACAGAGUCGAGGUGAAAAAAAAGCUAGGAAGCUGAUGAGUAAACUAGGAUUGAAACCUGUACAAGGGGUUAACAGAGUAACUAUACGUAAAUCAAAGAACAUCUUAUUUGUUAUAAAUAAACCAGAUGUCUUGAAAAACCCUGCUUCAGACACGUACAUAGUAUUUGGUGAAGCCAAGAUUGAAGAUCUCAGCCAACAAGCUCAAGUAGCAGCAGCUGAGAAGUUCAAAGAACCACCUGUUAUACCAGCAACAGAAGCUGGUGGCAGCACCACGGUGGUUGCUCCCAUACAAGAAGAAUCUGAAGAAGAAGUGGAUGAGACAGGUGUGGAGGAAAAAGAUGUUGAUUUGGUAAUGUGUCAGGCUAACGUGUCUCGAGGAAAAGCUAUUAAAGCUCUUAAGAAUAAUCAAAAUGACAUUGUCAAUGCUAUUAUGGAACUAACAAUGUGAUGAAACUGUUUAGAAGUAAGAUGUGCCAUGCGAUAGUCAAUGUUUUGAGAUCACAAUUUUAUCAUAAUUUCAAAAUUGUGAGCUCAAGCAGCAUAGAUUAUUGCAUUACCAUCAGACAUCAUUAUUUUUUAUUUCAUUAUGUUGAAAAAGUAAACCACAUUAUGACAAAGAUUGAUAAUGUGAAUUAACAAUCGUCUCGAUAUGUAUAUAUAUAAUAAAUACGUGUACAAGAAAAAGGAACUAAAUACACAUUAAGAUAUGCAUAAUAAAAACAAUUAAGUUAUAUAUA